CCGCCUUCUGUUAGCAACUUGUGGCUAGCUCGCUACCAAGGAAGGCACUGCUCCGAGGUUUAGUCUUUAGACACCACCCUGAGGAAACGAUUGUCCACACGUGUAUUAAUCGGUCACUGAAGUCCAGAUGCAUGAGUCUGGGUCAGAACCUACAUGCUACACCAUUCCAGCUAUUCAAACAGAGAACGGGAAUAACAGUGACAAUGAGAGUCGACUGAGGAGCAGCCACCCUACUCCUCCAGAGGCACCCAGGGUUCCAGUGUCAUUAUCAAUGAUGACCCCUCCGGCAGAGGCUCCACAGCAGUUGCAGCCGACAGCACAGCAGCAGAUCCUCAACCCGCAGCAGCUUCAAGCACUGCUGCAGCAACAGAAAGCACUCAUGUUACACCAGGUAAUGAGCAGUAUCUGUGGGGAAAGUUACAUGUUUGUUUUAGUGCACAUCAUUUUUCUCAAACGUUAUCAUUCUCGUCUUCAGCAACAAAUUCAAGAGGUCUUCAAGAAUCAGCAAGAACAGCUAAAUUUGCAACUGCUACAACAGAAGAAUGCUGGGAUUGUUACUCAGGAGCUUACAGCUCAGCAGAUCGCCAUCCAGCAGCAGCUCCUUCAGGUGCAGCAGCAGCAUCUCCUCAACCUGCAGAGACAAGGCCUGCUGUCAGUCCUUCCCACCAGCCCUGCUGCAGGCCCAGGCUCUGAGAAUGGUAGCAUUGGUGGCAGUGACACUAGAGAGUCUUCCAGUCAACAGUCGACCCCCAAUGGUCAACACAACCUCCUGAAGAGGAAAGAUAGUGUGCCACAGGAUGACAACACACAAAACAGCCACCCCCUGUAUGGAAACGGCAUGUGUAAAUGGCCCGGCUGUGAGACCGUCUUUGGAGACUUUCAUGCAUUUCUCAAACAUUUGAACAGUGAACACACACUUGAUGACAAGAGCACAGCCCAGUGUCGUGUGCAGAUGCAAGUUGUUCAGCAGUUGGAACUGCAGUUAAAAAAGGACAAAGAACGACUGCAAGCUAUGAUGGCUCAUCUGAAGUCCUCUGAACCAAAACCUGCAGCACAACCUGUGAAUCUGGCACCUACUGUAUCAUUUUCCCAGGCAACUUUGCCUAAAGGGCCUCCUCCAAUGAGCCUGUCUCAGAGUGCAACAGCACCGUCCACACCCCUGACACCCCUAACUGAAUCCCCCUCAGUCCUCACUCCAAAUAGCAUGUUCACUGGGACCCCUGUACGGAGGCGGUACAGCCGCUCUGUGAGCCAAGAUAUCAUUGAUAAUAAGGAGUUCUACUUGAGCACAGAAGUCCGGCCUCCAUUUACAUAUGCGUCUCUCAUAAGACAGGCAAUAUUUGAAUCCCCUCGUAAUCAGUUGACAUUAAAUGAAAUCUACAACUGGUUCACCAGAAACUUUGCAUAUUUCAGGCGUAAUGCAGCCACUUGGAAGAAUGCAGUGAGACAUAAUCUCAGCCUCCAUAAAUGCUUCGUCCGUUUGGAAAAUGUGAAGGGAGCAGUGUGGACAGUGGAUGAAAUUGAGUUUCACAGAAGGCGGCCCCAGAAGACAGCUGGUAAUGGAUCUCUGCUGAAGAAUUCUCAGAACCGACAGAGUGUUGCUGGAUCUGUUCCUCAGGGUUGUGGUCCAGACAACACCCUGUACAACCCAGCUUCUAUGGGCAGCAUCCCACUGCAUUCCCUGCCUCAUGUUCUCCAAGAGCAGAUGAAUGGGGCUCUAGCUAAUGGAUCUGGAUACCAAAGUGACAGCAGUGCAACACAGUCCCCUCCUCAAGCUUUCAUUAAAGAGGAGCAGGAGGAUGAGGAGAUAUGUGAAAAUUAUGCCUACGAGUCUCCGGAGAGCACGGAUGAGCACGGCCACAGCCCUGAGAUGCACCAAGAUGAGGAUUUGAGCCCGGAGAGGCCAUGCCUUCAUCUGGAUCGCGUGCCUUCACUCUGACUAUGAGGCCCAAGUUCUCCACUGCAAGGCCGCCUCUUCACAGCCUGUGUGACUUUGUAUUCCAAAAGAAAAAAAAAAAAAAACAAAAUCCAAAAACAACGAAACAUCUUCAUCUACGUAACCAAACCGUCUCUUCUUUGGGAUUUCAUUUCUUUUUAUAUAUUUAUCGGCAUUUCUUAUUUUGUUCUUAAUCUAUCUAGUCUUUCUGUACAGUAGAGUGAGAUGACAAAAAAUACAUAUGUGAAAGUGUUUAUGAUUUAUUUUGUAUCUGUGCACAUAAGGACCAUGACGAGCAGAGAAGCCAAAGGAAAGGGAAUACUGAUGGUUGGCACUUCACGAUGAAAGUUUCCCCACUCUGUAUAGCUCACUUUAUGAUAUGCCGGGGCUACACUACCUGAUUUUAUUUUAGUAGUUGUAAUAUUUUAAAAAAAUGUAGAGAAGGUGAAAAUGUUGGUUUGAAAAUGGAAAUUGUUCACUGCCAACAUGAUCUGAUAUAUUUGUAUUUCAAGGUAUAAUCAAUUGAUUUCUUUAUACUUGUUCUUUUUCACCCUUACCACAAACAUCGCUAAAUUUGCUCUGGCUGAGCUUAUAAGAGUAGAUGAAAUAGAUUUACCGUUAUUGUAAACCAAUGCAUCUGUAUGAAUAAAUCCUUCAUGAUAAAUGUGUACACCUUAUGUCUCUUUGGUCUAGUUUUAUGAUGGUGAUAAGCAUUUUUGAUUCACUGCAGUUUAUACUUUAUAACAUCCCAGCCUCUUUCAGUCAGUGAUAAUGUUUUCAUAUUGGGAAAUAACAGAGGAAUAAUAAUGGCCUGGGUGGGAAAUGUUUCACCAUGAUGUUGUGCUAUGUCCAUUUAAAGUCCAUACAAAUUCGCCUGUGUACUGUCAGCAGAUGUGUUGUAACAAAUCCAUUGUGGUGUUAGACACACUCAAGGCAAGAAAAUAAACUGGUUAGUUUAUGCAAAA